CCCAAGCAGCGUUUAAUUGUAGAGUGCAAAGACUGUAGUUGGGCUAAUGAGCUCCACAGCGGAGCUGGGACUCUUUCACACAGUUUUUGAAAGACAGAAACCCAUAUGGCAUCUUUUACCAGAGGAGUAUCACAAUGCGGCUCGAGUUCAGGUGGUGGAGAAAGAAGGAAUCCACUAAAUCAGGUACAGUCUACUCCAUGAAAGAAUAUAGCACAGGCAAGAGACGAAGAGGUGGAGAAAGAGAGGAGAGCGGGAGAGGGGAGGGGAGGAAACGGGAAAUACACAGCCAGAGAGAGAGAGAGACUGAAAGCCUGCAGGAGCAAAUGAGAAAGAACAACAAGGCGGGAGAGGUAGAAAGAGAGACAGAGAGGGAGGGAGGUGGAGAAGGGUUCUAUGUAGUAGAGAGGACUGCAGGGUGAGAAGGAGGAAGGAGUAUGUUAUAGUUAGGAGAAGUAGAAAAGUGUUCAGAGAAAGAAAAAGGACUGGUGUAGACAUUAACAACUACAGGAGAGAAAAAGAAGGGAAACAACAGACAGGAAGGAAGGGGAGGGAGACGUCUUGGAUAGAGAGCUGGAGGAAAGGAGCUGAAGAAAAGUUUUCUUGUGCAAAGACGUAGAUGAGGAAAACAGAACGAGUGAAUGACUGGGCUGGAGAAAGCGGGGAGGGGAGGAAACCAGUCGUUUUCUAAGGCAUUUUCCACACAAGCCUCUGGACUUCUUUGGACAUGUACACAGAAGGCGCUCAAACAACAGGAUACCACAGAUUUCUUCAGCACAAAAGCACCCCCUGCCCCUGUCAGCACUGUGGUCACUAUGAGCAGCCAUACGGUCAUCACGGUGAGGCAGGAUACCGACCAGCAUCGGCCAGACAGAGAGACUGCAGGAGAGACAUCCAGGCUCCUCGAGUUAAAGAGGUAGGAGGCAGAGCUUUCAUAGUGGACAGAGUGGAGAGAAAUGGUCAUCGCAGCCCACAGAGGAGGCCUGUGUUCACAGAGCUGGGCCCAUACAGCCAGUCAAAUGACUUAAGCCAAGUUUGCCCCUGGGAAUUGAACCAUGCCCACUGGAAUUACCCACUGGAGUCUGGGGUGAGACACUACCCGUCUGUCAGAGAACAGUGUGGCUGUGUGGUGCGCAGUGACGCCAGAGCACAACCCUUUAACACUGGCAUACCGCAUCCUCUCCCUCAUCUUCAGGUCAAAGGUCAAGGGUACAGGCACAGGAGGACUGUCAGGUAUGUCUCUGUGGAUGAAGAAGAAGAGAAAAGAUGUGGAUGCACCUCUGAGAACUACCAUUUGGGGUCACAUGGUUCCCAUUUGGGUCAUUUGCCCAUAUCAAAUGGCCACUGUGGACCAAGGCUUGUGUUCUUUGAGGGAGGGGAGGAAAGAGAUAGCCAUCAGGACUGGGGCAGACCCAAGGGUGGAUCAGACGAGAGCUGUAAUGGACGGGGUGGUUCUCACAAAUGUUUCUUCUCCACUGAAGUCCCACAAAAAUACUUGAACCAAAGUAGACAGAAGGGGCCCUGCAUCCCUUCCUCGGGCAUCACUGGUCCAGAAACCUCAAAACUGACAACCACCAGUGAACUCCAGCGCCAGGGUUCAGAGGUGAUGAAGCAAAACAGGAGGCAGGACUCAGUGAGGGAUCAAAUCCGACAAGUGGUGACAGAUCUAGAGGAUGUGUUGGGGGGUUUGAAACAAGUUCACAUGGAGAUGAAAGAGGUGGUUGAGCAGAUUGAUCGUCUCACAGCCAAUAUCGACCUCAGUGAGGAGGCACCCGGCACCACCCAAGGGUUGUCCAAUAACUUUGAUGGCUCAACUCAUUCAGAGGACCUCCGGGGGGCCCCGCUGCUAAAUCACAAGCCUGCUCCAGUCCAGGUGUCACAACACUUUGAUGAAGAUUGCAUCAUCUUAAGAACCAACUCUCCCUCCCCUGUUCACAUUGCAUCAGUUGUCAAAACCAGCCGCUUCACCCCACCCAGCCAGAGUAAGGACAUCAUCCCAGAGAGGCCUGGUGUAAAUGGUCACCUGCCUCAUCUGUACCCCCUCAGAGACCCCAACCACACUGGCCAAACUCAUUCAGAGCCCCACCCACAGAGCCUGGACCCUAAGGUCAUAAUUGGGAACAGCACCUCCAACGCGAGAACUCAGAAGCCUCCUCCAUACCCUCAAAACGGACGCUGUGGCAAGGGUCUGUACCCUCCUCCUAAGCUUGUGAGGACCUCUGCCAGCCCUGGAAGAGGGCACCAGAGCACCAGCAUGGUAUGAGGAAGGGGUGGUCUGCCCCAGUGCCAUGGGGGCCUGAAACAUGAGACCCUGCUACAACAAGUGGAGGUCAAAGAGACACUGUGCAGGGGAACAACUCAUGCAGGAGCUGAUGCCACUGAGACAAGCUGUCAGCUGGUGGAAACAGAGUGCAGCCUGAAGGUGGGGAUAUUUCCAAAGGGAAACUCCCUCAAGAGUCGACUCCCGACUGUAUGUCAUGCAAGCACAGAAGCAUGAUGCCAUCAAACCUCUCUGAAACUGUAUGCUUUCUCGUGCCCUUGGGACAAACUGUGAACUGCAACAACAGAAGCUUAAAGGUAUCUUUUAUUGCCAGAAUUUAUUUAUUUUUACUAUUUUUUUAUUGCAAACAUCUAUUUUAGGUAACUUACACCAGUCUGAAUGCUAUCUAACCAAUAUAAUACAGUUUUAUAUCAUCAAAGCUAUUGUACAGCUAUUUUACAAAUAAAAUGAUUUAGACUGUUUUUCUCCAGGCUGCAUAGUUGUUACUGUAUGUUACAAGAAAUACCAGUGAGGAGACAGGAAAGUUGGAAAGGCAGAGAUGAGAUUAAUUUACAAAAUAAUAGAUUCUUCUGCACCUUUCUCAGACAAAUCAAUCUGGUGUCCCAGGUAUCUAACUCUAUUGUACUGACUGCUAAACAUCCCACAUUUGAACAUGAAAUAAAAGAAAUGGUGCCAGCCUUUCGUUGGCCCCCACACUGGGAAAUUAUUUAUGCAUUCACUGAGUCUAAUCGAAGUAGGAGCAUCUCCCAAAAGGUUGUGGGAACUACUUCUCGGGCUGAGCUAGAGAUGGCAAUGUAUGAUCUUUCACGCCCUUAUUCUGUCAGAGCGCCUGCUGCUGCAUCUCAGGCCAGCCAGGCCAGCAUUUGUGUCCCUGUUUGUUUAAAUCUUGUCUGAGACUUUCACCGCUCUACUCUCGCUGCUACCAGAGCAAAGUGCCCCCCUCUCUCUGCAAACUGGUGUAAUCCAUUCACCUUAGAAAGCAUCCCUCAGUUUCUGCAGUGCUGAAGGAAACUACAGUGACAGAUGGAGGAUGACACAUGAAAACUGUUCACUGUCCUGGCCACUCUCUUUCUGUCUGCAGCCUACAGCAGUUAGAGUAAUUGUGUUAUAAUGGCAAGUGAGGGGCGUAGCCGUAGAGUUGAUAAGUCGCUGAAGGUUAGAUAGAUGGGUGAGGUAACGUACCAGAGGCCAUUAUUACUUAUCAAGAACAACAUUCGAAAUGAAAAAUAUUCUGGACCCUCAAGCAUCCUUGUAUGCACUGUAUCAUGAUUUGAAAUUCCAGAAUAUGUCUGCAACUAAAAUGAUUUUAAUUAUUGAUUAAUCUGACCAGCACUUUCAGGAUGAAUAGUUUAUUUUAGCUUAUAAAGUGUCAGAAGUCAUGCCCAUUACAAUUUCCCAGAGCUAAGGAUGACACCACAUCAGGCCACACUGCCCUCUUGUGUCACAGUUCAAGCAUGGGCCCACAAGAAAGAGCCAAAUGUAGACACACAGGCAGGUGAAGCAGAGAAGAAAUGAGGGAGUCAAGACGCAGGUAACAGGUAAGGAGUCAAGACUGGUAGUCCAUAGUAAUACAACAUGAGAGGCAUACAGUGAUCUGGAGAGGAGCAUUAUACUCACUGGGAUGACCAGGAAACUGGCAACAGUUAUGUGUGAGUGGGUGGGAAAGGUCGGGUGACUGGGAUUUGAGGGAAAGUCCAGGGGCAUCUGGUUGCUCGAUUAAGAAGAUGAGAGACCAGAAAAUCCCACAGAAAUGCAGGAACCUGGGGAGAAAGUAUGUGUGUGAAGCUGGAGACAGAGCUGGAAAAAACAGGACAGGGGCAGAUAUCAUGACACCCUACUGCUGCUAUACCUGCCCAGCUUUCACUGCACCUAUUGGUAGUAAUUAUUUAAACACAGGAUCUUUGAAUGAGCCCUGUGCUUUCUAACAAACACACAUCAGUUUUGCUGAAAUGAUCUGUUUACAAUUCCAAAAUGUUCCAUUAUGCUCCACAAGUUGGCCGAAACUGCCGACUCAAAUCGGCUCUACGAGACACCAGAUGUCCUCUAGCCCCAUCAGGACCAUAACACCAAGUACUCUGCUCUUUAGUACUGCUCCUGUACCUGUCUGUCCUGAUGAAGGGUUGCACUGGAGGACCUUGCACUUGUGAUCUCCUGCAUUUCUAAAAUCCUGGCCAUGAUACUGCCUAUUUAGAAAUCUUUAAAAACCAAGAAAAACAGCAAAUUCUCUUAUUUGAGUUGCUGGAAGCAGCCGUUAUUGGCAUAUUUGUAUGAUAUAUUACUUAAGUAUCUGAUUGUUAUUUCCCCCUGCUUGACAAAUCCACUGACUAAUUGUUUCAGCAUUAGACUAAUGAAUCAAACAUGCAGAACUGGAUCUCUUUAAUUCUGUCUUCUUGCAUGAGUGAAGACUAAAAAGCUUUAUAGUUUAGUCAUUAACUGUGUCUAAUUAUUUGCCAUGUCCAGAUACAACAGCGCUGUUUGCUGUACAUAAGAGAGUUCUGUUUUGGCAGUGACAUAAAGUAUGUUUUUUUUUAAAGAUCUCUCGUUCAACUCUAUUUUACUACAAUAAAACUUUCCAAACAGAUAUCUCAGAAUAAGAGUAGAGCAGAAUUCCAUAUAAAUACUAAGUUGAAACUGCAAAACAACCAUCACUCCUCAGAGCAGUCACUCUAAAGUCUGCAAGCCUGGACUUCAGAUGUGUGCAGCACCUGAAGCCUGAUGGGCUUUGAGAAAGGCCAUGUCUUGGACUGCUGUCCAAGUCUGCACCUUUACCACAUACCCGAUCUCAGUCUCCUCAGACACAAGGCACACUGGCUUAGCUGCUGGCCAUACUGGCGUGACACUGGAAUGUCAGACAGAAAUUCAGACCAAAAACAACACUGACGGAGUGCUGCCAUCUCCCACUCAUCCGCUCCAAAAAUAAUACAUGUAGCACAGGUGUCUGAUGCUUGUUCAUGGGAGAUUUUCUUUCUUCCUGUUCUGUUUAACAUCUGGACAGAAAACCUACCACCAGCCUCCUAAAACAGAGACAGGCAAGGAGCGGCAACCUCCGAGGAAGAGAAAUUAAGCCAAUGCAAUAUUGCCAAAGCCUGCAGUUCCUUGAGUGGCCACUUGAGGCUGGCUCCAAAAGGGAGUCACUCCCGUGUUAAAAUGACCCACUUUAAAGCAGGAACAAACGUUUGCUUAUAUCAAACUACAAUAUUGAAAAAUUACCAUUGAAAUUAGCUAACUUCCACAAACAAACACUUUUAGCCUGGUCUCUAAUUUUCAAACACAAUUUCCUGCUGGCACCCUGCAGAAUUUAUCUAAUUUGGAAUACCAAGAGCAUUUUAUUCAAAAAUAAAUCUAUUUCUGGUUCAAUAAUAACAUACUUCUUGUAAAACAACUUUUAAACUGUAAAGGUCUUACUCAGAAUUUCUGUCUGUCUACAAUAUUGCUGUUCCAAACCUCUGCAUCGAUGUUACCCAACAAAGCACUACUUGCAAAAAGUUAAGAAAAAACAUUGAUGUAUCUUGUUCCUUCUGUGGAGUUGAUAAUGAAACAGCUUUACAUUUAUUUGCCCUUGCUCUGUUGCUUUUUGGAAAGAAUUUGUCCACUGUUUUCGAUGUUACAUUUCUUCUAAUUUCUCACAAUUUUGCAGAGAUGUGCUGUUUGGUUUUUAUGAUGUAUGCAACUCAGAACAAAACAGUAUUAUAUAAUAAACCUCUUUAUCAUCCUAGCAAAUUUUCAUAUUCAUAAAUCUAAAGUCAGUAAAAGAAAACCUUUAUUUCAAAAUUUCACAAGUGAAAUGCAACAAUACAUAGAAACUAUUCAGCACUCCACCCCUAAGGCCUUAAAGACAAUAACUUUAUUCAAAUUAUAUAAUUAUAUAAACUGCUAAAUCUCUUUUUUGUUGUUGUUCACUCUUGGCAUAUGUCUGUUACUGAUUACUAUUUAUUAUUAUUUUUUUAUGUUACAUUUGACUGUUACAUUGAUUGUUAUUUCUUGCAAUAAAAAAAGCUCCUUCACAUGGUUAAUCCCCAUACUUAUCUGUAUCUGUAUACUUAUCAGCACUCCUGGUAGUAUGGCACUUGUCAGACAGUGUUUUUAAUAAAAUGUAGCU